CUGAGCCCUGCCUCCCCUUCUCCCUGUGUACUUCCCCCAGAGCAUAAAAGAGAGCAGUGUAGGGUGCAGAGUCUGCUGAACUGCAGAGACAGAGCUCCUCUAACACACCUCUUCAAUAUGGGUGAGAUCGCAGUGUCUUCUUCCUCCCUCCACUUUAUACACAGCAGACACAUUAAUCAUUGAUCCUGCAGGCAGUAGCACUCUGCAUACUUCUUAUAUACAGGCACUCAGUGUAAAAUAAAUAACACAUUGCACGUUUUCUGUAGGGGUAGGUAAAUAAUAACUACUUAAUAGGGAAUAGUAAACCUUCUACACCUUAUAUAGGGACUUCCCAAUAGGGAAAAGCACACUGCAUACACUUUAUUUGAGGAGAGACAGAAAAUAGGCAAUAAUACUCCCCACACACAUUCUAUAGGGGCAGAAAAUAGAACACUCUCCAAAAGACAAUAAUACCCUAUUAUACCUAAUACAAGGGAAGUGAGGGGUGAGACACCCCAAUACAGCAUAGCACGCUGUAUGCACCUUAUAUAAGGGAACAGAACACCCCUAAACAGGACUCUGUUAUACCUAGUUAUACCUAAUACAAGGGACCUGAGGGGUGAGACACCCCAAUACAGCAUAGCACGCUGUAUGUACCUUAUAUAAGGGAACAGAACACCCCUAAACAGGACUCUGUUAUACCUAGUUAUACCUAAUACAAGGGACCUGAGGGGUGAGACACCCCAAUACAGCUUAGCACGCUGUAUGUACCUUAUAUAAGGGAACAGAACACCCCUAAACAGGACUCUGUUAUACCUAGUUACACCUAAUACAAGGGACCUGAGGGGGUGAGACACCCCAAUACAGCUUAGCACUCUGCAUGCACCUUAUAUAAGGGAACAGAACACCCCUAAACAGGGCUCUAUUAUACCCAAUUACACCUAAUACAAGGGACCUGAGGGGUAAGACACCCCAAUACAGCAUAGCACGCUGUAUGUACCUUAUAUAAGGGAACAGAACACCCCUAAACAGGACUCUGUUAUACCUAGUUAUACCUAAUACAAGGGACCUGAGGGGUGAGACACCCCAAUACAGCUUAGCACUCUGCAUGCACCUUAUAUAAGGGAACAGAACACCCCUAAACAGGACUCUGUUAUACCUAGUUAUACCUAAUACAAGGGAAGUGAGGGGUGAGACACCCCAAUACAGCAUAGCACUCUGCAUGCACCUUAUAUAAGGGAACAGAACACCCCUAAACAGGACUCUGUUAUACCUAGUUACACCUAAUACAAGGGACCUGAGGGGUGAGACACCCCAAUACAGCAUAGCACUCUGCAUGCACCUUAUAUAAGGGAACAGAACACCACUAAACAGGACUCUGUUAUACCUAGUUACACCUAAUACAAGGGACCUGAUGGGUGAGACACCCCAAUACAGCAUAGCACUCUGCAUGCACCUUAUAUAAGGGAACAGAACACCACUAAACAGGAUUCUAUUAUACCUAGUUAUACCUAAUACAAGGGACCUGAGGGGUGAGCCACCCCAAUACAGCAUAGCACUCUGCAUGCACCUUAUAUAAGGGAACAGAACACCCCUAAACAGGACUCUGUUAUACCUAGUUACACCUAAUACAAGGGACCUGAGGGGUGAGACACCCCAAUACAGCAUAGCACUCUGCAUGCACCUUAUAUAAGGGAACAGAACACCCCUAAACAGGAUUCUAUUAUACCUAGUUAUACCUAAUACAAGGGAAGUGAGGGGUGAGACACCCCAAUACAGCUUAGCACUCUGCAUGCACCUUAUAUAAGGGAACAGAACACCCCUAAACAGGACUCUGUUAUACCUAGUUACACCUAAUACAAGGGACCUGAGGGGUGAGACACCCCAAUACAGCAUAGCACGCUGUAUGUACCUUAUAUAAGGGAACAGAACACCCCUAAACAGGACUCUGUUAUACCUAGUUAUACCUAAUACAAGGGACCUGAGGGGUGAGACACCCCAAUACAGCAUAGCACGCUGUAUGUACCUUAUAUAAGGGAACAGAACACCCCUAAACAGGACUCUGUUAUACCUAGUUAUACCUAAUACAAGGGACCUGAGGGGUGAGACACCCCAAUACAGCUUAGCACGCUGUAUGUACCUUAUAUAAGGGAACAGAACACCCCUAAACAGGACUCUGUUAUACCUAGUUACACCUAAUACAAGGGACCUGAGGGGGUGAGACACCCCAAUACAGCUUAGCACUCUGCAUGCACCUUAUAUAAGGGAACAGAACACCCCUAAACAGGGCUCUAUUAUACCCAAUUACACCUAAUACAAGGGACCUGAGGGGUAAGACACCCCAAUACAGCAUAGCACGCUGUAUGUACCUUAUAUAAGGGAACAGAACACCCCUAAACAGGACUCUGUUAUACCUAGUUAUACCUAAUACAAGGGACCUGAGGGGUGAGACACCCCAAUACAGCUUAGCACUCUGCAUGCACCUUAUAUAAGGGAACAGAACACCCCUAAACAGGACUCUGUUAUACCUAGUUAUACCUAAUACAAGGGAAGUGAGGGGUGAGACACCCCAAUACAGCAUAGCACUCUGCAUGCACCUUAUAUAAGGGAACAGAACACCCCUAAACAGGACUCUGUUAUACCUAGUUACACCUAAUACAAGGGACCUGAGGGGUGAGACACCCCAAUACAGCAUAGCACUCUGCAUGCACCUUAUAUAAGGGAACAGAACACCCCUAAACAGGACUCUAUUAUACCUAGUUAUACCUAAUACAAGGGAAGUGAGGGGUGAGACACCCCAAUACAGCUUAGCACUCUGCAUGCACCUUAUAUAAGGGAACAGAACACCCCUAAACAGGACUCUGUUAUACCUAGUUACACCUAAUACAAGGGACCUGAGGGGUGAGACACCCCAAUACAGCAUAGCACUCUGCAUGCACCUUAUAUAAGGGAACAGAACACCCCUAAACAGGAUUCUAUUAUACCUAGUUAUACCUAAUACAAGGGAAGUGAGGGGUGAGACACCCCAAUACAGCUUAGCACUCUGCAUGCACCUUAUAUAAGGGAAGGGAAGAGAAAACCCCUAAACAGGACUCUAUUAUACCUAAUUUAGGGGACCUGAGGGCGUGAGCCACCCCAAUAUGAUGUAGCCCUCUCCUUACACCUUAUGUAGAGAUCAGGAGAUUUUUGUUAACAUGCUCCUUUUGGUAUUUAUUCACUAAAAGCCAAAAUGAAUUAUAAACGACAAAAUUUGUUGACUGUAUGAGUUGGGAAAAAAUCUGCCAUUUUGCUGAUGUUGUACAAUUCUGCUAAUUACAUUUUGAUAAAUCACCCCAAUAGAGAAUAGAUCUCCAUAGGAGUGCCCAGGGGGUGUGUCGGGUGUGCCUGGCUCUCUCUAAUACUGAGCCCAAUUAUCUGCCCUGUCCCUUGUUUUUGUACCUAAGGACACUUUUGUAUGAAUUUGGGUUACUUGAUAUAUUUUAAUUUCAAGAAGCAAUAAUGAUGACUAGGUACAAGUAGGAUAUUGUGGUUUCAAAACAUACAUUUUUUUCAAAUGUAUCAAUAGUGACAUUGUAACACUAUUAUCUGUCAUAAAUCUCUGAAUAACACCCCACAUGUACAUAUUUUUUUUUAAAGUAGACAGCCCAGGGUAUUCAAUAUGGGGUAUGUCCAGUUUUUAGUAGCCACCUAGUCCAAACACUGGCCAAAGUUAGCGUUCAUAUUUGUAUGUGUGUGAAAAAAGUAAAAAACUAAAUUGAAUGCUAAUUUUGGCCAGUGUUUGUGACUAAGUGGCUACUAAAAAAGACUGGACAUACCCCAUUUGCAAUACCUUGGGUUGUCUUCUUUUGCAAAUGUUAUGCCAUCAUGGGGGUAAUUCUCAUUCCUGGGCUACCAUACGCUCUCAAAGGCAACGUAACCAACCUGGCCAUUUUCAAUGUAAAAAUAUUUGACCCUGUAACUUUCUAAAACGCUAUAAAAUCUGUACUUGGGGAGUACUGUUAUACUCGGGAGACUUUGCUGAACACAAAUAUUAGUGUUUCAAAACAGGAAAACGUAUCAAAACAAUUAUCAGUAAAAGUGCUGUUUGUGUGUGAAAAAUGCGAAAAAAGUAACUUUCACUGACAAUAUCAUCGCUGUGAUAUGUUUUACUAUUUUGAAUUACUAAUAUUUGUGUUCAGCGAAGUCUCCCGAGUAAAACGGUACCCCCCAUGUACAGGUUUUAGGGUGUCAUAGAAAGUUACAGGGUAAAAUACAGUGCUAGCAAAUUAAAUUCUCUGGACUUUCGGCCUGGGUUGUCAGGCAGGUCCCUCAAAUUGCAAUUAAUAAAAUUACUUAAUUAUUUAAAAAUAUUACAUAAAUACGCACGUAGAAUUUAAAUAUAUAUGCAUAUUUAUAUAUUUGAAGUCUACGUGUAUAUUUAUAUAAUUAUUUAUGUAAUUUUGUAAAUGGACAUAUGUAUAUUUCGUAUUUUUAUUUAUUUAUAUAUACACAGAUAUAUAUACAAUUUCACUCUAAGUGUAUUUUGAUAUAAAUAUAUAUAUGUUAAUAUCAAAAUACAGUUAGAAUAAAAUUUCAUAUAGAUAUAUAAUUUUUUUAAAUUUGUAUUAUUUUAAAUUUUUUAAUUUAAUUUAAUCUAUUUAUUAUUUGUAUUUUAUAAUAAUAUAUAUACAAUAUAUAUAGUUAUUAUAUAUUAUAUAUACGUGUGUAAUUUAAUUAUAAGUGGGUUUUUAUAUUAAUAUAUGUACAUAUUAAUAUAAAAAUACACUUAGUAUGACAUUAUAUAUAUCAUAUAUAUAUAUAUAUAUAUAUAUAUAUAUAUAUAUAUAUAUAUAUAUAUAUAUAUAUACACAUAUAUAAUUUUUUAAAAUUUCUUUAUUAACAUUAACUUUAUUUUGUAUUUUUUUUAAACUAGCAGGGAGACUGCCUGUCAGCACAGGCAGUCCCCCUGCAGGCAGACACAUGGACACCUAUUGUGACCAUGUGAUCGCUCUGUUGAGCCACAGGGAUCCUAAUCCGCCAUGGGGAGAAUGUCUGGGCUGCAGGCAGUCUCCCCACAACGGGAGCACCGCCGAUCGCCACCGGGGGAACGACGGCGAUCGUGUAAGUACAUUGGACCGUUAGGACGGUCCUGAAGGGGUUAAAAGGCUUCUCUGUAUUGUAACUGUUAUUAUAAUCUUAAUAAAAUGUUAAUAGCUCGUCUAAUGUUAUCACAGGGCUAUUAACUAUAUAGUGCAUUGUCGGGUAUUCAAAGUGGAUUCAUAUCUUAGGCAAAAACAGACCAACUGGACAUAUUCGCAGUGUUUUUGUUUUGUUUUUUGCCUAAAAACAGUAAUUGAAUUUGAAUUCCUGACAGUUUACAAUAUAGUAUAGGGGUAUUCUCAUUGAAGGUUAAUCACUAAAGUGAGAAUUAAAAUGAAUUUAAAUCCAAGGUAAAAAUAGCCGAAUUGGAAACACUCUCUAAGUCAGGUAAACUGCCAGCUUGGCUACUUUGGCCUUAAAAUUCACUUUGAAUCCACACUUUACUGAAUAACGACACUGUAGGAAGUGUAACUGCUUCGUCUCAUUGAAGUGGUUAUAGUGUUUGGAGUCCCCUGGUGCCGUCCUUCCUUUUAGUGUUAACCCCUUAAGAAUGGCGGGCGUGCUAUGCCGUCCUUGGGGACAAGGCUCUAAACGCCGGCGGGCAGCAUAGCGCAUCCACGUCGUCCUAUGUACUUACCUGCUUCCGGCGAUCGCGAUGGGGGGACUUGCCUGGCAUCCCAGGGAGUGCCCCUGCUGCUGAUCUGGCCCUCCUGGGCCAGCCGUCCAUAGCACUGCCAGCAGUGGGUAUACAUACAUACAUAUAUAUAUAUAUAUAUAUAUAUAUAUAUAUAUAUAUAUAUAUAUAUAUAUAUAUAUAUAUAUAUAUAUAUAUAUAUAUAUACAUACAUACACACACUUACACAUACACUAAGUGUAUUUUAAUAUUAAUAUAUUUAUAAAACACAUGUAGAAUGAUGUUAAUUAAAUAUAUAUAUAUAUAUAAUUAUAAUUAUAUACAUGUAAAUAUAAAAUAAAUAAAUCUAUAAAUACGUUCAAAAUGAAAAAUAACUGUAUGUAUAUUGAUAUCAAAAUACACUUAGAAUGAAAUAAUAUAUAUAUCUAUAUACAUAAAUAUAUCACUGACGAUAUAAUUGAUACGUUUUACGGUUUUGAAACACUAAUAUUUGUGUUCAGUGAAGACUCCCGAGUAUAACAGUAACCCCCAUGUACAGGUUUUAUGGUGUUUUCAAAAGUUACAGAGUCAAAUAUAAGGCUUAUGUUUCAGUUUUUUCACAUUGAAAUUCACCAGAUUGGUUAGGUUGCCUUUGAGACCGUAUGGUAGCCUUGGAAUGAGAAUUACCCACAUGAUGGCAUACCAUUUGCAAAAGUAGACAGCCCAAUGUAUUGCAAAUGUGAUAUGUCCAGUUUUUUUUAGUAGCCACUUAGUCACAAACACUGGCCAAAAUUGGCGUUCAAAUUAGUUUUUUGCAUUUUUUACACACAAACAAAUAUUAACACUAACUUUGGCCAGUGUUUUUGACUAAGUGGCUACUAAAAAAGACUGGACAUACCCCGUUUGCAAUACCUUGGGUUGCCUACUAUUGCAAAUGGUAUGCCAUCCUGGGGAUAAUUCUCAUUCCUGGGCUACCAUACGGUCUCAAAGGCAACGUAACCAAUCUGGCGAAUUUCAAUAUAAAAAAACUGAAAGAUGUAACAUGCUAUAUUUGAAAAUGUAACCUCCCAAAACACCAUAAAACCUGUACAUAGGGGGUACUGUUUUACAUGUGAGACAUCGCUGAAUACAAAUAUGUGUAUUUUGUUGCAGUAAAAGCUAACAGUAUUAUGACAUUCACAGUUGGAAUUUCACGUAGAACUAACAAAAAUAACAUUUCUUAUUUUCUCCCAUUGUUUUAUAUAAUUCAAAUAAAAUUGUUUAAGAGUUAAAUAUUUGAUGUUAAAUGAAAUCCCUAUUUCUCCUGAAUAAAAUGAUAUAUAAUAAGUGUGGGUGCACUUAAUAUGAAAGAGGCGAAUUACGGUUGAACAGACAUAUAGUCAAAUUCCAAGUUUUGUUUAUGUAUUAUUUUGAUCAAAACGUGUACAUUUAGCUCAGUCCUUAAGGGGUUAAACUGUUUUUAAUGUUUGUAUGCUAGACAAGAGUCCCCAUCAUCCAACCUCCUCUGUGCAGCCUGUGGUAAUGAAGUAGUAUUAGCCUGAGCAGCAAUGGGUGGCUGUGAUUGACGUGACAGUGUCAUCUGACUGCUGUCAGCCUAGUACAGGGGUAGGCAACCUACGGCACUAGUGCCAUGCACGGCACUCAAGGUGUCUUUGCACGGCACUCAAGGCUGCUACUGCCAAACAGGCUCUGGCCUAUCAGGAGUCCAAGUGAAACUUCAGAUAUCUGCUAAUACGAAAAGGUGGUGAAGGACAAUCCUCAAUUUAUGCAUUGCAGAAUGUAGAGGAAGUGAUCUCAGAUCACUUGGCAUUUUUUAGCCAGAAUAACUAAACAGGAAAGAAAUCUGUAACCAAUAUUUUGGAAUAAAAUGUGCAACUCAUGUGGUAGUUCUCCUCAAUUUUUGGUUUAAUAAAUAACAAAGAGAGAGAAUUUCACCAACUACAUGGACUUUUUCUUUUUAAUAGUCACAUUUUGGCAAUUUUAGAUCAAAAUAGCCGAUAUGAAACGUUUUCCUACUUCAUUUGCAAAAAUUUCCUGGUCAAUUCUCCAUGAUUCCCAUUUUAGUAAAUACCUCUGUAUCUCUACUUUAUUAGUAUAUUUAUUGUCUUUCCAUGUAGUUAUAGAUCACUAUCUGCCAGCUGAUUCCCAUAAUAUAAUUUCCUCUCUUAUCCCUGUUUCUGCAGUUAAAUGAUCUGUGUAAAAUAUUUGUUUAUAUCUGAAACGUAGCCAGCUGCAUUCUUCACAGUCCCGAGGAAUUGUUAGUAAACAGUAAUAAAUAAUAUUGCUGGAGACAUUAAAUCUCUCAAUAUCGCGUCCCUAUGCAUUACCCCCUCUGGUUGCGCAAACCAUUGCGUAAUUAAUAACCCAAUCGCGUUGCUUUUAUAGUUAAUGAAUUUCAUAAUUACAGAUUUGUUUUGCGUAUGCAUAUAGUUAUUGUUUGUUAAGCAGAUAAUAAAUUAUGAAUUGAAGAUGGUUCACAAGAUUCUUUUGAUUUAAUCAGUUUUUGAACUUUGGACAAGAAUUACUCUUCAUAGAUAAUUCCUAUUGAAUCUGGCUAUGUUUUCCAUACUGCUCCUUUAAAUGGUGAUUAUGUUGGGCUACUUUAUAUAUAAUUGAAGAUGUAGCCACGCUUCCUGCCUGUGACAGCAUUUAGCUUACUGAUACACAAUACUAUGUGACCGAUUAUGGCCCUUAAAAAGUAAGGGCUAAUAUUCACACUUCAAAGUCUGAUAUGAGGCUAUCCUGCUCCCUACCUUGAAAUGUUCAUGUUAAGUGGUAAAUUUUGGCACAUUUCUUAGUGAUGUCCAAAGCUAAGCUAACACCGUGUUUGCCAGGUCUACUGGUUUUCAAAAACAAAUAUCACUUUAUUCUGAAGGCCCUGUACAAUUACAAUGCUGCAAAAUAAGCAUACACUAACUUUACUUAACUUUAGUUGAAUGUGCUUAUUUCUAUAUCUGGACAUAACCAAAAUGUGCAAGCAUACAUACACUGUAACUGGUUGCAAAUAAAGGGACACUCCACUGACCAAAUAAAAAAUAAAUAGUAAGAAGAUAUACCCCCAGUAAAAACAUGCCUGCAUUUAUUUAUGCUUUUUUAUUUGGGGUAUGUCUAAAACAGCUUGCAAACGCUGCAGAUCUCUUGUCUGCAGCCUUUGCAAGUCCUCCCCUUCUAACCCUGCCCAGACUUUAUGUUGCUGUCCAAUCACAGACUUCUCAAUGCAGUUCAAUGAGAAGUAUUUGCAUCACAGAUGAUCUGAGCAAUUGCUGCCUCUUGAGUUUAUCUCCACUGAGCUAACCGAAACAGGACAUGUUGUCUGAUUGACAGUCGGCAAGUGUAAAAAGGUUACUUUAGAAAAAUGCCAAUUUCUCUUGAAAUCUGCUUUUUUUUAUUAAAUGAAAAAAAGAGCUCACACUCUUCUCACUUAAAGCAUUUCAACAAACUAAUGUGCUUAAAGCUAAGAAAGUAUACUGAAUUUGUCUAAAGUGCAAACUGUUUUUUUUUAAGAGUACAUGUUUACAGAAACAUUGUCAUCCCAAACCUCUAGAAUUAGUGCAGUAAUUAAUACAUUGUUUGGCAUACACAGUUUACAAACAAUCCAAAUAAAUAUCAAUUUCAGCCCUGAGGGUCUCACUGAACAGGAAUUCUUUCUUUAGUCAGCCUUGUUCUGGUAUGGGGGGGUACUCUGACGGUGUUGUAGGGCUGAGGUUGCAAAUUAAUAAAUCCUUAAAGGACCACUAUAGUGCCAGGAAAACAUACUCGUUUUCCUGUCACUAUAGUGCUCAGGGUCCCCCUCCCGCCCAGCUCUGGAAGGGGAAAAGGGGUAAAACUUACCUUUUUCCAGCGCUGGGCGGGGAGCUCUCCUCCUUCUCUCCUCCUCCGUUCCGCCCCGUCGGCUGAAUGCGCACGCACGGCAAGAGCUGCGCACGCAUGCAGCCGGUCGCAUAGGAAAGCAUUCAUAAUGCUUUCCUAUGGACGCUGGCGUGCUCUCACUGUGAUUUUCACAGUGAGAAGCACGCAAACGCCUCUAGCGGCUGUCAAUGAGACAGCCGCUAGAGGAUUUGGGGGAAGGCUUAACCCAUUAAUAAACAUAGCAGUUAUUCUGAAACUGCUAUGUUUAUAAAAAAAAAAUGGGUUAACCCUAGAAGGACCUGGCACCCAGACCACUUCAUUAAGCUGAAGUGGUCUGGGUGCCUAGAGUGGUCCUUUAAACAUUAAUGCACACUAUAGUCACCCGAACAACUACAGCUUAUUGUAUUUGCUCUGGUGAGUAGAAUCAUUCCCUUCAGGCUAGGUAAAUCGACCAAUAUUGAUUUUUUUUUUUAGAGCCCAUACCGAUAAUCUAUGAACUUUCAGGCCAAUAGCCGAUAGUUUACCGAUAUUCUGUACAUUUACCAUUUAGAAAAAAAAAUACAAAUUGUUUUGCAAAUUUUCUUUGUUUUAUUAAGUGGUAAAUGCACAAAAUAUACAUGCCAGUCAGAUUUUUGUUUUUUAUAUUUUCAAGAAUAUUUAUAUUCUUAAUGUUCCUCUCCCUUAUCUUUUAGUGCCCCCCCCCCCACCACCACAGUGUUCCUUUUCCCUUUCCUGUACCUUAGUGCCCUCCCUUAAUAUUCCUCUCUCUCUCCCCCCAGUGUUCUUUUCCCCCUCUCUCGUCCCAUAAAUGGUCAAUCCCUACUUCAGUUUUUUUGCAGAAAAAGCAGUGUUUACAUUAUAUCCUAGGGAUACCUCCUCCGCUGCUAGAGGUGCUUCCUGAGGCAGUGCUGCACAUUGUGACUGACAUUCUUUGUCUCCACCCUCUGCAUGCAGACACUGAUCUUUCCUCAUAGAAAUGCAUUGAUUCCAUGAAUCUCUAUGAGGAGAUGCUGAUUGGCCAGGACUGUGUUUGACUUGUGCUGGCUCUGCCCCUGAUCUGCCUCCUUGACAGUCUUAGCCAAUCCUAGAGAAAAGCAUUCUGAUUUGCUCAGAGAAUCACUUCUGAUGAUGUCAGCCAAGCAGGCAGAUCAGGGGCAGAGCCAUCAGCUGCAGACUUGAAUACAAGUAACAUUUUACUAUAUUUAGGAAGGCAAGGGAGGGUCAGGGGGGCUAGAUGGUGGUUUUAACACGAUAGUGUCAGGAAUACAUGUUUGUGUUCCUGACCCUAUAGUGCUCCUUUAAAUUGUUGUGCAUUGAAAAAAUGCUUGCAAAAUUCAGGCCUAACUAGCUACAUAGAAAAAUAAAAACGAAUUGGACAAUUUCUCCAGUUUAGGUACUUUGUCUUGAAGUUGUAUAAUUAGAUUUUUAAUUCACUGUUUAGUGAAAAACUCCUUUUAAGUGUCCUGUGCCUAUCUCACUGAGGUGCACACCCUGCCUGGCGCUUGUCCUGCAGCAGCCCUAAUCAGUCUUAGCCCAGCUGUAAUCUGUUGUUUUGUGUAAGAAGGUUUAGGGGCCCAAUGUGUACGUCUUUUGUCUGCCUUCCUUCAGCUGCCCAAGGCUGGCGGCUCCCUUCUCUACCCAGCCCUCCCUGCUAUACCAUGGAUAUCUGCCAGCACUGUGUCGAAAUCCGACCAUCCUAAACAUGUUACUGUAAUGAGUGUUAUUAAAUGUGACAAUGUUGCAGUAUUUCAUAUCCUAUUAUUACGCAAAACUGUGGCAGGAUGUAUACCAGCAAGUUGUCCAUUUGGCUCCUUUCAGAAGAAUUAAAGGAAUAUAAAUGCUGUGGAGAGCAGAUCAGUAAAAACUAUUGCUUCUUGUUGUAACUUUAUGGAAUCUUUGCCAACUAACAAAUCAUGUGAUCUCUGUUUGCAUUGUGGAUUCUAAAACCAAGCAGUCGAUGCUAAUAAACUAAGCAGGAUGUACUGUGCUGAGAUAAAAAGUUACAAACUUCAGGCCAUGAUAGAAUGUCUGUGACCAGUGUGAGCUGUCUACUAUGUCAAUGCUUUGUUGAUUGGGGUCGUGAUUGCUUUUAAAUAACUCCCAUUUGACAUGUGCCUGUCUGUUAAUGUUAUGUGUAUCGAAGAUACAAACCAGUAAUGUCUGCUACGUGUUUUUCUUUUUGUUUGCAUACGGACAUUGCUACAGGGAUAUCAUGCCUGGAUCAAAGCUUCAAUACAGGCCCAGCAAGCCAUGGGAGUACGGGUUAGCUUAGAUCAGGGCUUGACAAAUUUGUUUGGUAUCUAGCUAAAAAAUUUAGGAGCCAGGUUCUUUUUAAACUAACAAAGUUAAUUUUCAACAAGAAAAAUGCAAUUCUUAAAGGGACACUAAAGUCAUAAGAACCAGCUUAAUGUAGUUUUUCUGGUGUCCAUAGCCUGUACCUAAAGGCUUUUCAAUGUAAACUCUGCUGCCGAGUAACACCUCUAGUGACAGUCCCUCAGACGACCACUAGAGAGUCCUGGGUCAGUGCUCUACAGUGUGCAGCACCUACGUUCAGCGUCUCCACACUCUGCAUGGAGGUGCUGAAUGUUCCCCAUAGAGAUGCAUUAAUUCAGUGUAUCUCUAUGAGGAUAUGCUGAUUGGCACAGCAUGGCCUCCCAAUGCUUUCCUAUGGGAAAGCAUUCGCUUAGCUGAGAUCAUAAAGAUUGAUGAUCUCAGCGAUGGAAGCAAGACCAGCUGUGGCGAAAUUGGCACGGCGCGGGGAAAAAACACCUUUCUAAUGUGAUCGUAGGGGGCAGGUACUUAAACAGACACACACUCUCUGAUAGAGACACAUACACACACUGAUAGAAACACAUUCACUGACACAGACACACACACAUUUUCUCUCAUACUAACAAUUCUCAUUUUUAUUUUAAUUUAAAUCCACCCCGCCCCCUACCUUUGGGAGAGCCAUGUGGGAGUCAUGUAGGGCUACUCUCUUAUCUUCCUGCAGUUCCUCUCUGCUCCCUGGCACGCUCUGUAGUGGUCGGAGUUAGGGAUCGACCGAUAUUGAUUUUUUUAGAGCUGAUACCGAUAAUCUGUGAACUUUCAGGCCGAUAGCCGAUAACUUGCCGAUAUUCUGUACAUUUACUAUUUUGAAAAAUAAACUAUUUCUAAAGUUUAAUGCUCAAAAUAUACAUGCCACGUGUAGUGGAUGCAGUGUGUUUAGACAGGGGAGCUGUGUGUGUUUGUGUAGUGUGUGUGUAGUGGAUGCAGUGUGUAUUUGUGUAGUGUAUAUAUAAUGAAUGCAGAGUGUGUGUUUGUGUAGUGUGUGUAUAGUGAAUGUAGUGUGUGGUAUGUGUAAAGUAAAUGCAGUGUGUGCGUAAAGUGAAUGCAGUGUGUGUGUAGUGUGCGUAAAGAGAAUGCAGUGUGUUUGUGUAGUGUGUGUAUAUACUAAAUGCAAAGUGUGUGUGUUUAUGUUGUGACUGUGUAUAGUGAAUGCAGUGUGUGUAUAUAAUGCAGUGUGUUUGUGUAGUGUGCAUUAUAUAAACACACUACACAAACACACUGCAUUUUAUACACUCACUACACAAACACACUGCUUUAUAUACACACUACACAAACAUACACACUGCAUUACAUAUACACUGCAUUCACUAUACACACAAACACACACACACUGCAUUAUAUAAACACACUACACAAACACACUGCUUCUUACUUGGUCAGGGAGGGGGGAUACAGCAUUCCCUGAUUGUCCAGUGACAUGGAAAGUACAGAGGGGGCCCGCAGCAAGUGCUUACUUACCUUCCCUUCAGCUUCCCUGUGUAAAUCUUGCGGCCAGGGUGCCAUACAGAGUGUUGCCAUGGUAACACGUGGCAACGCUCUGACGGCCGCGGGACUCGCGAGAUUUACACAGGGAAACUGAAGGGAAGGUAAGUAAGCGCUUGCUGCGGGCCCCCAGGACCGCCGGGCUUGUAAUUGGCGCGGCGGUCCUGGUAGGCAAUAUCGGCAUCUUUAUUGGCCGAUACCGAUAUUGCCGAAAACACUGAAUAUCGGACGAUAUCGGCCAGACCGAUAAUCAGUCGAUCCCUAGUCGGAGUGACAUCAUAUUCCGGCUACCAGCACCACUAAACAGCUCGCGAGGGAGCAGAGAGGAACUGGGGAAGGUUACUGCUCCCUCGUGCGCUGGACGGCUCCAAUACUCCCCACGGCAGCUGGCUUCAAUGAUUCCUCGGACAGCUACCUUAGCUAUGGGCUGACAAAUCCCCUGGGUUUUGUCGAGCCCUGGCUUAGAUGCUUCUCACUGUCCUGAUAAUUGUGUGUAUACUGAUCUCAUGCAGAGCACAGUAUGUGCAUACAUGCUCUGUACCAGUUGUUGAGCAUUGCAUUGUCUUACAUGCUCUGCACUGGCACAGUAGUUAAUUGCGGAGCACAGUAUUCAUUUUAUGCUCUUUACUGACCCAGUAAUUCAUAGCAUCAAAUCCGUAAUUAAUUGAAAAUCACAAUAUAAAUGCAGUUGCUCCAUACAGACCCAAUAACUAUUUACACAGCACAGUAUGUAUCAGAUCCUCUGUGCAUUCUAGUAAUUCACUGCAGAGCAUGGUAUUACCCAGGUGCACUGCACUGAUCCUGUAACUAAUUGCAGCGCGUGAGGCUGUGAUGGAGCACUUUAUGUACCAGUAAGUACUUGCUGCUGAUGAACCAUGUUUAGGCUUUCUACAUGCACCGUUUAAUUAAUUGCAGAGCACAGUGCCUAAGGAUGCAAGCUGUGCAAUUACAAGAUUACAUGUGGCAGUUAUUACACUUACAAACAUUUCAUUAUCCUGUUAUGUAAUCCCGAGGUGUCCUCACGCUGUGGUGUGAUUAGAAAAGCUACAGUCCAGCUUAUUAUAUCACCGGGCAAUGAUAUACAGAUAUUCUUGUGUGUGUGUGUAUAUAAGGAAGACUUUGCCCACCUUAUUAUCUCUAAGACUGGCCAACGUGUUAAAUGGAUAUUCUUGUGUUUAUAGAGAACCCCCUGUCCACCGUAUUAUCGCAAAGGCUGGCCAAUGUGUUCUAGUAAGACUAUACUCCUCUAUAUAUAGAAAAUGCACAUGUUAAGAUUUCUUAGGCUGGGCAUGAAUACUACUCUGAUUUUUGUCUAUUACCGUCUGUAAGACAGGCCUGGUGUCGAUGUGUAUAUCUGAAAUGCAUAGAGCAGCAUUCUGUCUGUACAUGACAAUAGACAAAGCAUCCUAGCUCUGUCCCAGGUACAAUAAAUCCAUGCAUUUUUUAUAGAUCCAGCGAGGGCUCCGAGAACUUGCUGGCUGUCUUAUGGUGUGUCAGGAAGGACUGUGUCAUAGUGACCUGCUUGUGCUGUCACUAUGCCCCUCUAUAAGUUUUCGGGAAUUAUGGAUUAAAAAGGAUUUUGCAUGUACUCUCAUUUAUAUCACUGUUUUGAGACCUUAAUCUGGGAUUUCAGGGGCACCACUACAGCUAACUGACUGACUCCACUCUCAUUUCCCUCUUUUCAGCCAGCUGCAAGUCAUGCGGACCUGGGUACAAGACACCCCUGGAUGCCAUGAAAGGUAUGCUGCUAAUGUGCCAGGUGGAGUGUUGCAAGGCAUGCUGGAUAAUCAGGAUAAUAAGUGUUGCUGAUGUGCUUUUAGUCCAUGUCCUUCCAGUCUGGUACAUCAUUAGAAUAUAACGGUACUCCCUGUAGACGGCUGCCAUGAUGCCUGGUAUCAGAGUGGCUGUCUGCAGGUUACAAUCAAUGACAAUUGUUAUAUGUUGAGCUGCCUUUUCUGUAAUAAGUGUGUGCUAUAGUGUUCUGUAUUUAUUUAUCCAUUUCCAGGUUGCUAACUGCCACAUCCCAGGAACACACCGUGCGUAGGAUUGCCCUGGCUGUUGUUUUGAAAUAGAUAUUGUGAGUUGUUAAAGUUACGUUUAUCUCUUGUAUUGUUUUUACAGGUCCCAGAGAGAAGAUAGUUUAUCUGCCAUGCAUCUAUCGUUCCACUGGCAUUAAGAAACCUGAUUACUUGGCUACCGUGGAUGUGGAUCCAGAUUCAGCAACAUAUUCCCAGGUAAAACUAGAACCCCACUGUGAGGUACUAUCAUCCAGAAACAUGUCUUGGGGUAGUAUCCUCAGACCCUACAAGCAAACAGAGAGGCUCAUUAAAUUAGUGUCUAGUUUCAGAUAAGCUAAAGGCUAGUUGAAGAUGUGUGAGAAGACAUUCUGAGCAGCAAGGGCUAAAACUAAAACAAGUAGUAAGGUUGUGAAGCUGAACGUUACCAUGUGUAAAACUACUUUCCACGAUGAAGACUUUGUCCACCUGAAUCUUUGAACAAUGUUCCAGGUCAUUCACCGUCUGCCGAUGCCCCAUCUGAAUGAUGAGCUCCACCACUCGGGCUGGAACACCUGCAGCAGCUGCUUUGGGGAUCACACCAAAACCAGGGACAAACUGAUCCUGCCUUGCCUCAUUUCAUCCCGGGUCUAUGUGAUAGAUGUGGGCACAGAGCCACGGGCUCCUCGUAUUCACAAGGUGAGUACUGGCCACAAAACUGCAAUAUGUAGACCCCGGUGAAGGGUUAUCAUUCUGUGUGAUGAUUUAUUAAGGGAAGUAUCCUGUAAAAAGAAUCCCGUGAUAUAUCCAUAUACUAAUAUGCAACAUAUCAGAAGUGGAUUAUUCACCGUAACUCUAUGUAAAGACAAACAUACUAUUUGAAGUUAUAUUUGUAGCCUGACAUAGAAAUUUCUCUUUUUGUUUUAUUUCACAGUUCAUAUAUAGCACUGUUAUCGAAUUAGGUAUAAAUGACAUAGGUAGGAGAAAGGAAUAUAUAAUUAAGCAUAGUGAUACAAGCUGAUACAAAUCUAACACCUGUGGCAACUCCAACAAAGUGCAAUGGAAGAUGACCCGUGAGCUUACAGUCUAGAGGCAUAUUGUGCGUUAAGACAAUAGGUUGUAUGGAGAAAAUGCAGUAGUUAAAAUAUAAAUGCAUGCAUGAGUAUUCUAUUACAAUGAGUAUACAGUAAAUCAAGUAGCAGCUACAAUAAAAUAGACAGCAAACAUGUUUGAUAAAAAUCAAGGCAGUUGGAGAGACUUAUUUUCUGGAAAGCCUACAGUGAAGACAAGGUGUGUGGUGGUACUUACCUUAUCUGGGGCCAGCUAGAUGUCUUCUUCUGAGCGGGCCAUGUGCACUGACCGCAGUGAGCAGUCAUGCGGCCCGCCUCGCACUAGAAUCGCGGCUCGCGUCACAAGCGCGCUCUUAAAGGGGCAGUCGGUUCAGGAUCCCAUUUGCCCAUGUUAUUCCGGCACCCCCACACACGCACAUUUUGGGGGCGUAGGCAUGAGGUUUGCCAAUCAAAUGUUAAGUAAAGGCUAUUUAAACCGUGGUUUCUGUUUCAGUACCCUUUAGUGCGUUCCUUGAUCUAUUGUGUUUAUUCUGGUAUUGACAUUGGCUUUGUUCCUGACUCUGAAUUUAUCUUUAACGCUUUCCUGCCUUGUUUGCCUAUAUCUUUGAUUAUCGUGUACCUGACUCUGGCUAGUUCUUGUUUUUGUUAUCUCUCCAUUACCCUGACCUUGGCUUGUCUCUAACUACGCUUUAUCUCUGUCUGACGUUUAGUCCGGCCAUUCUAAGGCCCGCUAUACGUUAUAUCCUAGUUUUGUCCCUUGCUAUCAUAAACUCUGCGUGUGGGGGUAUUACACCGUGACAAGGUGGAGGUGAGUGUAAUUAUGUCAGGUGGACAAUAGAGGUAAGUGCAUGCCUAGCUGGGUGAAGUGUUGGGGGUCAUUUUGAAUUUGAAUGGGGAACAGAAGCCAGGAUGAAAGUGGUCAGAAGCAUGAAAAUGUGGGAGAGGGAUGUAGCCAGGUACGUUGAACUUAGAUGAAAUGACACCGCUUUAUAAAUGUUUUUAUGACCUGAGAAUGAGAUGGAACAGAUUAUACUGGAAUUUGAAAGGUCACAUUCAUGGUCUCAUAUUGCAAUCUCUGUUGUCUACAGGUGGUAGAACCAGAGGAUGUGCUUAAGAAAACGGGCCUGGCCAAUCUGCACACCUCUCACUGUCUGGGCUGUGGGGAAAUCAUGAUCAGUUCAUUGGGAGAUGCCUGCGGAAAUGGAAAAGGUGCUACCACCCUGUUUAUAUAUUUAUAGACUCUUGUAACUGUACCUGUAAGGUUAUUCUCUGCAGUAUGUGGUCCCUUAAAGUGGCACUACGUACAUUAUACUUUAAUGGCAACACUGUCUCCCCAUAAUGCUAACCAGGUCUCCUAUUCUGUGUCAGGAGGAUUUGUGAUACUGGAUGGGAAGACAUUUGAAGUGAAAGGCAACUGGGAGGUGGAUGGACAUGCUGCACCUUUAGGCUAUGAUUUUUGGUACCAGCCCUAUCACAACGUCAUGAUUAGCACUGAGUGGGCGUCUCCGAAUACAAUUCGUGAUGGUUUCAAGAUAGAAGAUGUGAUUGCUGGUAAGAGUCGGAAGGAUUAACUGGAGACUUGGAUUUAUUAAAUGUCAAUUCAUCAAAUUGCGCUAACUUUCACCUUUUGGCAGGUCGUUAUGGGAGUAAACUUCACGUAUGGGAUUGGACCAAACACACUCGCAUUCAGACACUAGAUUUGGGUCAGGAGGGACUGAUCCCAUUGGAGAUACGCUUCUUACACAAUCCACGCGCUGAUCAAGGAUUUGUUGGUUGUGCCCUAAGCAGCUCUGUAUUUCGUUUCUACAAGACUGAGGUGAGCUGACAAUGGGUGAUUGGGAUAUAGUGAGUCAAAUCUUCUUUGUUGUUGUCUAGUAUUAAAGUAUAAUAUUGGACAAAGUGAUAGAGGGGAGCAUGGGGAAGUGGCAAAUUGGAAUAGACCAAUAACUGCUCUGAGACUUGCUGACCGGAUAACUGAUCUUUGGUCUGGUCGCCUAUUGAGUGAAGGAACAUAGUACACAAUGUGGCGUAAUUCACUUAAGCAAGGGACCCAGUGUCUACCCCUGCCUGGUUGAUGUCUAACAGAUCCUUUCUUGGAUUUCAUUACUUCAGGAUGGAAAAUGGGCAACUGAAAAAGUGAUCCAGGUGCCAAAUAAGAAGGUUGCGGGUUGGGCAAUGCCUGAAAUGCCAGGUAGGUGGGAGGACAAUAAUUAUUAGUCAUGAUUAUCUGUAACUAACCACCACCAUAGGGGUAAUCACUGCAGCUCUCUAUACCUCCAGCUGAUACUAGAUGCAGUUUGGGGGACCCCACUCUGCCCCCAUGCUUAAUUAUCCUGUUCUCCUUUUUACUUUCAAAGGGCUUAUCACUGACAUCUUAAUCUCACUGGAUGAUAGAUUCCUGUACUUCAGUAACUGGCUGCAUGGAGACAUCAGACAGUAUGACAUCAUUGACACCCGCAAACCCAAACUGGUGGGACAGGUGAGCUCAAAGUUGGUUCAUAGAGAAAAGGCCGGUGCCUUCAAAAUGUUUGGUGCUCUAGAAUGAACUAAAAUCAGAUGAAAAUGUGGAAAGUCUCUGUGGCUUGCUUGAAAUGACUGAACUAUAUUUUUCACUUUACUUGGGAUCCAGUAACCUCCCUUAAUGCUGCCUUGUGAUGUCUAAUUUAUAACUACUGAUACAACUUUAAGGUUACUAAGGUGUAAUAUAAAUAUAACUGGGUGCAUGGUUCUGCAGAAGAUGCGCAACAUUGGAAUACAAUCUGAUAUCACUCAAUGGAUUCAUUUUAGUAUAAGUGGAUUUUAUGCAACAUAUUAAUUGUGGCAUUUUCUGCGUUCACCCAAUUUGUUAAUUGUAACAUUGUCAGGAUGGGAUAUAAUUCAACGCACAGAAUUUGGUCAUACCUCACAAGUUAAAAUAGAAAACGUAGUUCCAUAUUACAGGUCCUUAAAGGACCACUAUAGGCACCCAAACCACUUCAGCUUAAUGAAGUGGUCUGGGUGCCUGGUCCAGCCAGGGUUAACCCUUUUUUUUUAUAAACAUAGCAGUUUCAGAGAUUCUCGGAAUUAUUUUACCUUGAGCAGUUAAACUGUUUGCAAAUGGUUUAUCCCCAAACCUAUGAAGACUGUGCCUGUCUGCUCUGCCCAGCAACAUCCUAAGGUGGUCCAAAGCUUCAAUUGGGAAGCCUUGGCCUGGACGGCACUGAUAAGCUGGGAGCAGCAGCUGAUGCUGUUAGCCUGUCACUAGCUUCCCAUCUAUAGAACUGAGUGAAAAAUGGUACUAUUGAGAGUUGGUUUGGUUGCCUCAAUGGUCCUUUAACUAUUUUCCCUUACCACCACUAUUCUCUCCUGUUUCCCCCCCAAUCUCCAUGUGUGCCUCUGCUUGAUAGUUAACUUUCAGGGCUAUUAACUAAAGUGAGAAUUAAAAAAACUUAAAAUUUAAAACCAAAGUCGAACUGGAAGAAUAACUUAUUAUCUAGCUCGGCUCCAGCUCUAGCUCGGCUAUUUUGGCCUUGCCUUGAAUUUGAAACUUACUUUGAAUUCCUGACAAUUCUCACAACAGUGAAUAUCGCUGUUGGUGUCACAUGUUGCACCUAAUGUAUACAUAUUGCUCCAUCCCACACCAGUACAUUUAUAUAUUCUAAAGAGGAACUGUCUCCUUGGAGGUAAUGGUAGAUUCUAACAGCUACCUAAAAAUGUAGUUCUUAAUUGUGCUAUUUUUAUUAAUUUUUUUACAUUUAUUUUCAAAUCCUGUUUUAGUUUUUAAAAAUGCAUUAAAUGUUGAGCUUGUCUGGCACAGCCUGGCAUUUAAUACAAACUGUCCCUUGAUUUCCUGUGCUCCGCCCAUGAAUAUGCAUUUGCCCAGAGUGAAAGUUAUUUCUGGGCAAUUGCGUUAAUGGCAUCUCUGGCAGAGAGCCACAAAUAGCACCUGGAAGUGAUUUUGUACCAAUUCCUGAUCAAACCAUGGCAGCAUUACCGUAGUAUCCUAUUUACUUAUUUUGUCUUCUACCAGGUGGGUAAUCCUAUUUAUACGAACUUCGUAGCUUGUUUCCUGUGCUAUUGUUGUGAAUGGGAGGAACUAACACACCGGUUAAUGUUGCCAUGGUAAUUGAUCAAGAAAAGAUAAUUAUGGUAUGGCAACAAUGUGCCUUAUUGUUUCCUACUACGUUUGUAUGUGUGCAUGCGCACGCUCGUAUAAUAGAUUUUCUUUCUCUAACUACAUUGCAGAUAUUUUUAGGGGGCAGCGUGCUGAAAGGAGGACCAGUGAAGAUACUGGAGGACUCAGAGCUUAAAUCACCACCUGAGCCUGUGAUAGUAAAGGUGAAUUCCUCUGUGCCCCCUAAUGCCUUUUAUCUGCAAGUGCUGUUUUCCGAUUUGAUCAGCCUUGUACUUCUUGUUCUUCCAUUGAAAACCUUCAUUGAUCAUUAUUAUUUUUUCCCUCCUGGGUUUAAUUCAGGGAAGGCAAGUACCUGGGGGCCCGCAGAUGAUACAGCUCAGUCUAGACGGGAAAAGGCUCUAUGUCUCCACUUCGCUUUACAGUGACUGGGACAAACAGUUCUAUCCGGACAUGGUGAAGUAAGAAGCUGGUUGUCUGUGAUAUCCUGUACUGUCUAUGCAUGUCUGUUGUUUUUACCUAUUAAUGCCUCAUUAAUGCCCUGCACCUGCCAUCCAUAUCACCUUCCUGUAUGUUAUCUCUGCCUGUGUCGCCUCUGUCUGCUGCCUGUGUGUCCUCCCACCCUCUUCCCAGCAUCUCUUUCUUUUCCCUAUACCUCUCUCACACUGUGUAUUUGUUUCAGGACAGGGGCUGUCAUGUUGCAAAUUGACGUAGACACUAAACAUGGUGGACUAAAACUGAAUCCAAACUACAUGGUGGAUUUUGGAAAGGAACCAGAUGGACCUGUUCUGGCCCACGAGAUCCGUUACCCCGGAGGAGACUGCAGCUCUGACAUAUGGGUUGUGGAAACAGACAAAUAAAGAAUCUGUGCCAAGGUCCCUGUGAGCUGCUCUGUGCCUCCAUUCCUUCUUUUACAAUCACGUGUAACCCUACAAUAAAAAGCAUAUGAAAACUGCUCUGUGCUUGUUGUCUUGACCAUAAACACAAGUCUCUAUGCUGCAUGAUUG